AACCACACAAAGGGAUUUCCACAACUCAGAAAACUCUGCUGCUUCUCCUCCCCAAUAUUGGUGUUCCAACCAGCAUGAGCAGAGACCUUGUCGGUGACCUAAAGGACCUAAAUUAUGGGAGGAGUGAGUGCUUUGUAUGCAGCUUGGAGCUCCUGAAUAAAAGGCCAAGACCAGAAGGUGUGGCCUCUGGUGCAGAUUUGCCUGGCUACUCAAGGCCUUGGAUGGGGCCUGGCGGGGACCCUCUGCAGCUCUGAGCUUCUUCAGGGAAGAGAAACCAAGACCAGGAGGUGAGGCAGGCUACAGUUUUAAAAGUUAGGACAAUCCAAGGAAGAAGGGUGAUGCCAUGGCAGCUAUUUCAACACCAUCACCAGCCACAGGGGUGCUGACCAGUCCAUUUAUGAAGAAGAUGAACACACCUACAUCACAAGAGGAUGCCAAUAUGGCUGUUAUAGGAGCUGUUAUCGCCGUGGUUUUUCUCACUCUCCUUUCAGUCUUCGUGCUAAUUGUUAUUUACCUGUACAAGAAUAAAGGCAGCUAUCACACUUAUGAACAACCUGAAGCAGAUCCAGAGGGAUCAGUCCAAAUGGAAGACUUCCCCUAUAAACGUGAAAAAGAAGAAUAUUUCAUAUAGAAGAUACUAGACUGCUGCCAUGUUUUGGACUGUCAUAUCUUAAAUAAACAAAGGUAUUAGGUUUGUCACUCCUUUAA